AUCCGUGGCUGUGAACUUGAAGCUUGGGCAUCAUGUCUGCACCUGUGAAUCCCUCGCGAGGAGCUGGAUUCUCUCAAAGCACCAGUGCAAGACAUAAAAAUGUGGAAAAUGCGGUAGCGACGGGUGGGAGAGGGGCAGAACGAUUGGGAGACGCGGGCGAUGCCAUGGACGAAGAUGCCCUCGGGCAUGCUCAGAGGCCCACCACGUCUCCUCCAGUGGCGGCAAGGUCAAAGCACACGUCGCAGCUGCCUACCCCUCAAAGUCCAAGCAAUCCUGGUGCCCUCGCCCAGUCGUUGAUCCUCGGCGCAGAGUCGCCGAUUCGCGACGGCAACCGUGGGCAACGCUUAGUGGUGAUGCAGCCUAUGGCACAAGCGCCUCAGGCAUUUCCUGCGCGACUCGCGAGAUUUGGUUCAACGGGAUCGUUGAUGACACCUGAGUCCAGCCCUACCUUCACUCGGAGACCUAAAUCGUCACUUAUGUCCUCCAUAUCACCGCCUAGUACACCCCGAGGUGCCCAAUCUACAGAUACCCCUGAGUACCUUUCUACCGUGACACCCCGUCCAUCCAUUCUACCCACUCCUUCCCCCAGACCCACUGAGCGCACCCCACCUUCGGUAUUAUCUUCACCAUUCAUGCAGGCGUCUGAGCUACGAACACCACUGCGGCCGUCUACACGCCGAACCUCCGCGAAUAGCCCGUCGCCACCGGCUCUUGCCGAUGACAUGUUCUCUCCCUCGGCGCCGUCCAAGUCAGAACCGAUGCACGCACAGGAAAUACACCGUCCAGUGGGCGGCGAGAUUCAACGACUCCGAAUGCAGAUGGCUGCGGAUCAAGCGGCCCGAAUGCAAGAGACUGAGUCGCGCAGGCCAGAGUACCUCAGGCGCGCCAAACGCCGUCUGUCAGACCCAGACGUCGACUCGUUGCCCACUGGAAACCAAGAGAACGCCGCUCCCAGCCUCGGCGUUGUCGAUAGCCCCGCUAAAGGCCGCAGGAUCACGCUGUUCCAAGAGACGUCCGAAGAGAGCUUCGAGCAAAGCUUGCUUGCGGGUGGCUACCCCUCAUAUGGUCACAUGCCGUCAUAUGCUGAACCUUCCACUCCGCCGGCCAAUGGCAAGGCAAGCUUGUCGCAGCGCGCCAUGGACUGGAUUCAGCAGUCGACUCCGGGGUAUCGUGCGCCGACUCCUAACAAAACGCAUGACACCGAACAGCAGCCGAGCGAAGAGGAUGUGCGGAAGCGGAGACGUUUAGAAGCAUUCCGCGACUCCAAUCGCUCAAAGCCGCUCUUCCCUGUCUACGUCGAAGGACGUGGCAGGGUUCUUCUAGAUAGGCCACCAGAAGAUCCCUCGCUGUACGAAACCCCGACGAAGAAGCGUAGUCGUAGAAAGAAGGGCGGCGCCACGGACAGCCCUUCAAGGAAGAAGGCGCAGUAUAUCGAACCAGUUGGAGAGCCUAUUGCCCCCGCUCGGCCCAACUGGUUAGAUCAGAUGUUCCCUUGGUCAAUACGGGCACAGGAACGAGCAGAGAUUUCGAGGAAGGAGGAGGAAGAGAAGUUGAAGCGGAUAGAACGCUACUUGGAGCGUGAGAGUGACGAGGAUGAAGAAGAAGAUCAGUCGCUCGGACUACCAGCCACAGACGUAGAAGAACCACCCGUUCGUCGAGGACGGGGCAAGUGGGUUCCCCUGCCAGUGAACCCAUCAGAGCCGUCGCGCACGCCGACCAAACGUGACUACUACCCUAGCGAUCCUGCGGAUGCAAGAGCUGCGCUUCUGUCGAAGCGGUCAGUCCGCGCGCUGGCUUUUCGUAGGAAACAGGAACAGGACCAAGAUGCUGUAUGUCCUGUCUGUGUUGGCAGGGUCGAUGGCCAAGAGCUAGUGCAAUGUGAUGACUGUCAUAGGUGGUUUCAUGGAGAGUGCAUUGGGGUAAACGAUCUAGCUCAGCUGGGAAAGGAGGAGGACCCGUGGUACUGCAGAGAAUGCCUGGGGUUUCCUCUACCGGGGUCAUCUUCUCCUGUGUACGUGCCCACUGACGACCGACCUCUCACCGGUCCAAGACACGACCCGCUGUUUUUUCAAGGGGCCGGGGUACAAGAGUCCCCGCCAGGAAUAUCAUGGAACACGCCGCGCAUCCCUAAGACGCCUGUAAGAGGAUUGCGCGACUUGACACAGCACAUGUCUUCUCGGUCAUCAUGGGACGAUUCCAGUGAUGUCGGCCCUCUCACUCCGUCAACAGCCGCCAAGAGUGUGCGGGCGCACCGCGAGCCUUCUGCGUUCGAUCCAUCGGAAGAGCCGUUCGACCCGACUGCGACGCCGUCCAGAGGUAUGCGCUUCAGCGGACCGUUCAGUACUCCGAAGGCGGCGCAUAUAUGGCCCCACCGCACUACCGCCGCUUUCCAGACACCGUCUUACUCUAGCACUGGGCGUCGACGCCAUGGAAGUGCGCUUCUGUAUCCGCCGCAGUUUUCUGGCGAGUAUGACGAUUCGCCUGUACGCCACGCGCCCCUCAGAGAGACUAUUCGUAUUCCCAAGAAUGCGGCGGAGUCGCCACUCGCGUCGCGUUCAACAUCCUUCCCGCGCAUCGAGCGUCCAACUUCACCGCUCGCGCGCAUGUCGGGCGGCGGCGGGCGUGCCCGCGCGUGAGCUUGUUGCCUUAUUUCUUGAUGACUUCUACGAGGGAGCCGAGUUCCUCUUGUUGUAACCUUCGUUGGCGCUCCCUGCUGAUUUGGACGCGUGUUGUGUGUACUAUCUUGUUGUAGUAUGUUACGAUAUCCGUAAUAUUU